AUGGCUGCUUCCAGCAUGGCUCUCUCAUCUGCUUUCGCCGGACAAGCGGUGAAAACAGUUCCAUCAGGUUCUGAGGUGUUCGGAAAUGGAAGAGUUUCAAUGAGGAAAACGGCAGCUGCAAAGAAGGUUGCACCAUCAGGAAGUCCAUGGUACGGUCCUGACCGGGUGAAGUACCUAGGCCCAUUCUCCGGCGAGGCCCCAUCGUACCUGACCGGUGAGUUCCCCGGUGACUACGGGUGGGACACCGCUGGGCUUUCAGCAGAUCCAGAGACAUUUGCAAAGAACCGUGAGCUUGAGGUGAUCCACAGCAGAUGGGCGAUGCUUGGAGCUCUUGGGUGCGUCUUCCCUGAGCUGUUGGCUCGUAAUGGUGUGAAGUUCGGUGAGGCUGUAUGGUUCAAGGCUGGAUCCCAGAUCUUCAGCGAAGGUGGUCUUGAUUACUUGGGAAACCCUAGUUUGAUCCAUGCCCAAAGCAUCUUGGCCAUCUGGGCCACCCAAGUCAUCUUGAUGGGUGCGGUUGAGGGUUACAGAAUCGCCGGUGGACCCUUGGGAGAGGUUGUUGACCCACUUUACCCUGGUGGUAGCUUCGACCCAUUAGGGCUUGCUGAUGAUCCAGAGGCUUUUGCUGAGUUGAAAGUAAAGGAGCUCAAGAAUGGAAGACUUGCCAUGUUCUCCAUGUUUGGCUUCUUUGUUCAAGCCAUUGUCACAGGGAAGGGACCACUCGAGAACCUCGCUGACCACCUUGCUGACCCCGUUGCCAACAAUGCCUGGUCUUAUGCCACAAACUUUGUUCCCGGAAAGUGA